AUGCUGUUGAUGUUAAUUUUGCUCAAUUUGCUCGCGUCUUUCACAGAUGCGACGAGAAGCAAGCGCUACCUAGUCUAUCCAAACGGAGGCCCCGCUAGGACUCAGUUCAUUAUCGGUCUGGGUGUUCCUGUUGAUUUAAAAGAAGCAUCUGUGACCGUUGGUACUGUAAUCAAAUUUCAAUAUGAUUUACCAACAAACAGUUCGGAAUAUACAAGUAGAAUCUAUGGAUUUGCUAACACAGUAUCAAGAGAUAUGGAUGGUAAUGAUGAUGCUGGCGAUGAUGAUAAAGGAAACAGUAUAGAUACUUCUAGAAACGUGGACAAGGAAUUAGAAGUUAUAUCUGAUAUGGAAAACGAUACAUUGGUUGAUAUCACUUUCAAUGAUACAAGAAGAAAAAGAUCACUCGUUUACUCUGAAGGUGGUGCUAUAAAUGCUAUCGAUUUGUCAGAACUAAACACAGAACUGCCCCUCGAUGAAGCCAUCCGUCGCCAAGAACUUAUCGAUCGAAAUCAUAUAGAAGAAGAAGAAGAACCACAAAGAAUGAAUAGAUGGGACUUCUAUAAAAUUAUGGAACACAUGAUGGAGAGGUACGGUUAUUCAGGUCGGCCUUGCUUGUUGCGGACCAUAUGCGAGGCUGCCGAGGUGCCUUUCACAUACGAGAACGGGUUGCUCGGAGAAAUUGGCCAUAUAUUAUUCACUCCUUCAACAACGAAAGAUAGUCUGUCUCAUCACACUGAUAACGAGUACCACGCUGCUGAAAGACUUGGGAGAGAUAUUGGUCGAAAUUGCGAAUCACUCUUUCCUGAAUGUGAAUCUUCCAUUCUCGAAACAUUUACCGGCAUCGGAAUGGAGACGCUGCAUAAAUUUGGACUUUAUUAA